AUGAAAAUCAGCAUUUUGACAAUUUGCUUUCUGCUCUUGUGCAUUGAGAUCAAUUCGACUUUCUCGUGGAGGCGAAGACGAAGACGAAUUCGAAGAGCACCAUGCAAUCCGGUAAACUGUCGGGUUGGAAGCUGGAGUGUUUGGAGUUCUUGCUCCCAUCGUUGUGGAACUAGUGGCACGCAGAAUCGCACCCGACAGAAAACUUUUUCCGCGCAGUGUGGUGGACAAUGUCCAUAUCAGUUGGUGGUGACGCGAUCGUGUAACAGGGGUAACUGCCAUAACGGCGGCACCCCGAAUAGUGGCGGAUGUCGUUGCCGAUUGGGAUACGAAGGAACAUGUUGCGAGAAAGGUGAGUCUCCAUCCUGAAAAAUUUUGCGUAUUCAGGCAGCGAAACUAUGGACUAAUGUCUCGGUGUGGGCAUCUUGAAGAAGUUAGUUUAGACUAUUCAAAUUUAUAAUCAGCGAUAUGCUAAUCCUUUGUGGUGUAUAAUUGCUUCUAAAACGGGAGUCUAUCUGUCUUAAUAAAUCCGUUUUUCGUAUACCUCUUCGGCCGUAUAGCAUUUUGCUGCUUCAGAACUUGAUUUUUUAUGAGUAAUUGUUAUAAAUGUAAUCUUCCAGAUCUUACACAAACUGUUAGUGUCGCUGACGUUCCUACAAUGAAGUAGCUAAACGUUCGGCGGCUGCCACGGUCUUAAAAUAAUUGAACGUCCGGUAGUCCAAUAUUUUUCCAUAUUUCUCUUCGAAAUCCAAAAUAUUUAUACGAAAUGUUCUACCUUAAUUCAAAAUCGUCAAGCGCUUCUAGGCAGCCAAAAAUUUCGAACUUGAUGUUUUUCGCCAACCCCGUAUACAGAGUACAACGUUAUCCAAGCGCUUGACACUUAUAAAAUUUUCAAUGACACGACCGGACACGGUCCUCAAAUAACUUCAUAUUUCUCUUUGAAAUAUACCAAUUAUUUUGCCAGUCGAAGAAUAGGUAGAAUAUUUUGCCAGUCGAAGGUUAACUCAGUCCACGGUUUUAAACAGCUCCUUUAUUGAAUAAUCGCUUGGAGUAGUCGCGUUCAAAAUCCAGUGGUGUCUCACAGUUCUUCUGACUAGCAAGUCGUAAUACAGUGAAUUCCGUUUAUGACGUCAUCACGUUAUGCGAUUAGUAAUGAUUAAUUGAAAAUUGUGGCCUUAAUUAGCUAGCGCAGUAGAUAACAUAUUAAACAAUACACUCCCCCAUCUGAAAUGAGGUAUAGUAAGUAUACGAUUUACAAGUAAAUUUAAGAGUUCAGUCACUGUUCAUCAAUAGGCAGUAUUCAUAUUAGGCGCUGUAGUGGUCGCUGUACACUUAUAUAGCCUUUUCCUUUAUAUUUAGUUACAGGCUCAUUUGUUAUGUUCUUGUAUUCGACGUCUACUUUCCGGACUCUCCCAUCCGUUCCUGGAUAUGUAUUAGAAACUCUCCCGAUCUUCCAUUUACCUCUGAACAAGCUCGAGUCCUCUAUAAGAACGAUAUCUCCAGUUUUUAAGUUACGGUGGGAUGUAUGCCAUUUUUGACGUAUCAGCAAACUGGGAAAGUAAUUUUGCGUCCACUUCUUCCAGAAAGAAGAUGUUAUCGUUUGUACGAACGAAAACCGUUUUCUAUUACUCGCUCGCUCGUCAAAGUUCAUGCCACUUGGUAUUCGUGCCGUUGCUCUACCAAGCAAAAGAUCGUUUGGGCAAAGAUAUGCACCGUCAUCAGGUGACGCAGGGUGCCUUCCUAUUGGUCUUUCAUUCAGUAAGUUGGCGACCUCGUAAAGUACUGUUUGUAACUCUGAGAAUGUUAAGGUACUAUCGCCAAUAGAAGCGUUAAUAGCUCGUUUUACAGAUCUUAUGAGAGCUUCUGUGACUCCGUUCUGCCAGGGUGCGUCUGCGGAUGUAAAGAUCCACUCAAAUCCCUCAGUUAUGCCAAAACCUUUUAGUUUGUUCCAAUCCCAAGUCUUGGUCAUAUUAGAAAGCUCUUUAUUUGCAGCGACGAGUUGGGUACCGUUAUCUGAGAAUAGCUUAGUGGUAACCAUGUAGUGACACGAAUCGUCUGAAGACCAUCAGGAAUUUCUCUGUAAUAUAGUCUGCUGCUAUAUCCAAGUAAACUGCUCUUGUCCCUAGACAGUUGAAUAUCACUCCAUACGCCUUAGAUGUUGUUCUUUUCUUUACUUCAUCGCGAAUCUUGUAAGGUCCAAACAAAUCGAUGCCUGUACUGCUCCAUGGAGGGGCUGGUUUCAGCCUUUUAGUUGGAAGGUUGCCCAUUACUUGUUCACUGACUUUUUUAUCAAGUUUUCUACAAACGACGCAUUUGGACUUGAUUGAUUGCACAAGUUUCAACAGUUUCGGGAUCCAGUACCUGGUACGCACUUUGCUGGCUGUAGUUAAUAUUCCACGAUGCCCUUUUAAGUGUAUUUGCUCUGUAAAUAAACGUGAGAAUGGGUGAUUGUAUGGAAGGAGUAUUACUUCUCUCUUGUUGUAGCUCAUCUCCAUCCAUAACUUGCUUCGUCCUCUAAUCACAUAUAUACCAUCUUCUCGCAUCUUAGGACAUAAUCUUUUGUAAUUCCCGUUCUCGAUAUAUCUUAAAUUCCGCUCAAUUAACUCCAGUUCCCUUUCUUCCUGUAUGGUAUAAUCUUUGGCGCCCAAGGAGCAUUUUCCGCACUUGCAUCCCCCGCACUUCGGUUUGCACUGUACACCAAGUGACUCGAUAGUGUAAAAAUCUUCGACAUUGACUUUGCCUACAAAGUGUACUCUCGCGUUUCCAAGAUUAUGGGUCAUGCACGUUUCUCUAAGCAGUAGGUGAGUUCCUCCAAGGCAUCUUCCAAAACGAUUUUUCAGUAGUACAAGAUGCCCAUUAUUCUGUUCCCUUUCCGGGUGAAAGGCGGCGUAUUCAUAACCGAUCAACACAUCAACUGGACCGGCGGGUCGCGCUAUUUCAUCCUUUGAAACGUUUCUAAAUAGGUGGGCGAUGCUCUCUAUGUUUACAUGCUCGAUAUCAGAGGUGAUUUUUUUGAUCCCAUAUACUUCGAAUUCCACGGCUUGACCUCGCUUGUCCAAAAGUGGUAGCUUGUAUUUCAUUGUUUCGAUUUCCUCGUUCUGCCCUCCUAUCUUCACUAUUGAAAGAUUCACUUUGACUCCACUGAGUUUCUCUUGUUUCGCUUUGGCGUUGGUUAUGAAGCAAAGUGAGGCUGCGUUGUCCCACAUUACAUUAGCUGUCCCCUUCCUGGUUUUUACUCUCUGUACUUGGAGGAGACAUGUAUCGACGUUGGAGUCGCUGCAUACAUUGGCGGAGGCAGAAGCUUGCUGGGGUGUACUUUCAUCGUUUUCGUGAAUUGAUGGGUGAUGUUUCCUCGAGCAGCCAUUCACGCCGCAAUCUCUUUUUAUCCUACAAGUCCGCUGCCUGUGACCAGGCUUAAGACAAGCCCAGCAUGCUUGCUUUUCUUUGAGAAAAUCCCUUUUUUCGUCAACUGUCUUAGCUUGAUAAAGUCGGCAAUUUGACGUCCAGUGCUUACCAUUCUCGUGAAUCAGACACUUAGGCCUAGGUUCUUUGGUACUUCCGUCUUUUCCAACUGUGAUACCCUCCGAGUAAUGUGCUGCGCCCUUGUGAUAUUGGUUGCCGCUUCCUGCACGGAGUGUAGCACUUUCGUAUUCAAUGGCAUCCCUUUGACUCUGUAGAAAGUCGAGAAGACUUGGAAAUUUGUUGCUUUUAUCAACAAGACUGUCACGAGAGCUUACCCGUUCGGACCAUUUCCGUUUGAUAUCUGACGGGAGUGCUUUCUCAAUUACGCUGACUGAACUUGUGGUUGUGAUCUCUGUUUCCAAGCCGAGUCCUUUUUUAGGUUACGAUAACCAUCCUCUAUGAGGGUUACAAAUUCUAUAAAGCGUAGGACGUACGCUGUGUCACCUUUUCGGAUUUGAGUCAUAACUUGCUUCUGGAAAUCUCUUUUAAAUUGCGGAUACUUGCGCAGUUCUCCGUCAAAGUGAGGCAUUCGUACUUUUUCUAGUUGUAGAAAGGAAGCUGAGGCGUAGACUCCCGCUUUGUUUCUUUAGCUUCUUCCACAUUAGUGUAGCUUAGCGCUAUUUUCUUCUUUAUUUCAUGAUAACAGGUUUGGAUUGUAGCGAUCCAAUUUAUUUCAGCUUCUGCUGAGUCUUGAGUUAAUAAUUGUAGCAGUUCUGCGUUUGAUCGUUUGCAUUCCAAAAAUUCUUCUUCAAUUUGCAUUUGUAAAUCUCUCAAUGCAAAAUUGGGAAUUUCUUUAGAUUGCAGCGCGUGCGAGAUACUUUUGUAUGAAGCUUCGAAAACUGCGCGCGCUGUUUUCUGUCUUGUUCGUGCUUUAUCAAUGUAUUCUUGACGCUCCGCGUACGCACGUGUUGAUCUUUCUUUCACAGUGAUUUGUUCCACAUAUUUGAUUAAAUAAAAAACUUCUCUUGGACUUCUGUCAUCCACACUUCUGCUUCUUCAGACUGAUCGUCUGGCAAUAGCUCGAUGUAGGCUUCAUGUUUGCCUUCGAGUUCAUCGUACGCUUCCGCGAGUUUCGCAUAGUUUGUUUCAACUAUUUCUACGCCUUGGUUGUUGUCUAUCGACUUGGUGAGGAAGUUCUUCUUUCUUGUGAAUCUUCCUUUAGCUGUUGUACGCUUGCUUUUAGCCUUCUCGAUUUCAGCUGCGUUUUCCAUCUUCGCUUAUCCAGUUGUCGCUUUGUAGCAGACCACCGUGGAUUUUGAAUAUUUUGCCAGUCGAAGAUUAACUCAGUCCACGGUUUUAAACAGCUCCUUUAUUGAAUCAUCGCUUGGAGUAGUCGCGUUCAAAAUCCAGUGGUGUCUCACAGUUCUUCUGACUAGCAAGUCGUAAUACAGUGAAUUCCGUUUAUGACGUCAUCACGUUAUGCGAUUAGUAAUAAUUAAUUGAAAAUUGUGGCCUUAAUUAGCUAGCGCAGUAGAUAACAUAUUAAACAAUUCACCAAUUUUCCUUAAAAAAUAGUCUACUUUCAUUUACAAUCCUCAAGCGCUUCUAGAGAAUGAAAACAUUCGAACUUUGUCCGUUUCGCCGACCCUGAACACAGACUACAAAGAGAUCCAAGCGUGACACUUACAAAAUUUUCUUCGGACACUACCGGACACGGUCUUUGAAUAACUAAACGUCCGGCAGUCUGAUUUUUUCCAUAUUUCUCUUUGACCAAUACCAAUUCCUAUUGAAAAAUAUUUUAUCUUUAUUUAGAAUCCUCAAGUGCUUCUAGAGAGUGAGAGUCUAGUUUUUAUUGAUAUAUCGUUCAUUUCUUUUUUGCGUCUCUAUGUACCUUAACUUAGCGUCGGUCCAUGAAAACGCAAGAAGAAGAGACCUCGACUAAUAUCCAGCCAUCUUGACCUCACGCUUGGUCAAUAACGCAUUUUUAAUUUAUGAAAUAAAAACUGGUGUUUUUAAAUGAUUCACAAUCAAGCAGCUUUUUGACAAUUUUAAUAUCGAGUGUGAUAGGAAGUUGUAAUGUUCAGCAAUUUGAUUGUUUGAUCAUUAUUACUGUCAUUACUAUUUCUUUAGGAGAUACAAGUAAUUUGCAAGUUUUCGCUCAUGAAUUGAAGAUCUUCGUAUUUCCUUUUUACUGUAUUUCAACAGACGUUGAUGAGUGCAUCAACAAUCCAUGCCAACAUAACUGCACCAACACACAUGGCAGUUACACAUGCAAAUGUAAUUCUUGCUACACCAAGCUGGGUACACAAUGUGACUUGAGGCAGUGUAAGAUCAAUAACCACUGUCACGCGUAUGGUACAGUUAACCCUAGCAAUCAGUGUCAGGUAACAUUUCUAUUACUGUAUAACUUUUUAUACGUAUUGUUCAUCGGAUAGAGGGAGAGAAAUGAAAUUUAUUAGCGUGGGAUAACAUCUUGAUAAAAUCUAAAAGCUUCAAGGAAAACUUAUGACGUCCACAAGGGAAGAUUAAAUUGUCAUUUUUUUCACUAAAAGGUCAACACAGGUCAAGACUGCCAGACGUUAUACAGUAAAGAAUACAGUUUCACUAAUAACUCCUGAAAAUGCCUAUUCUCCCUAAAACUGUUACUGGGAAAAUAUUACCCUCUCUAUGUUGCGAUUAAGUCCAUGAACUCCUCAAUGUUUCGCUUGCCCGCUAAACAAAGGUAGACAACUUCUUCGUGAUUCAACUGAUUAAUGUUACUGAAUCGUGUUUUGUUGUUGGAUAGGAUUGUAACGACAGCAACAAGUUCGCCUGGACAAACAACGAUACUUUACCAUGCACCGACGGCAUAGCGUGCACUAUAAACGAUCGCUGUUCUAAUGGGGUUUGCUCAGGCACGCCUUUCUCGUGCCUCACGUGC